AUGCUGUUGUGGAAAGAGAUGCCCAUGGAAAUGGGGAACGGGACAACUGUCCAAGAAUUCACCUUGGAGGGGUUUCCUGCCAUCCAAAACUUGGGAAAGGUCUUCUUCCUCGUGCACCUGCUGGCAUACCUGACAUCCAUUGUAAGCAAUGCAAUCAUAGUCACCAUCACCUGUGCUGACUCCCGGCUCCACACACCUAUGUACUUUUUCCUCAGCAUUUUCUCCUGCUUGGAGUGUGGUAUCAUAAGUGCUGUUAUUCCUAAAUUGCUGAUCAUCUUUCUCUUAAGCAUGCAAACUAUUUCCCUUUCUGCCUGUUUUAUACAAGCAUUUGUCACUGUAUUUCUGGGAUCAGCUGUUUUCUUCCUCAUAGCAGUGAUGUCUCUGGAUCGGUAUGUGGCCAUUUGCAAGCCUCUGCAUUACCCGACCAUCAUGAACCCGAAGACUUGCAUCCUCCUAGUCACUGCCUGCUUCACAUUGCCCUUCCCCCUCAUUACUGGUCUUGUAGUGAAGGUUUCCCAAUUAUCCUUCUGUGGCCCUCAUGUCAUUCCCCACUUUUUCUGUGACCUUGGCCCCCUGAUUCAUCUCUCCUGUUCUAAUACCAGCUCCACUGAAAUGUUAGCCUUUGUCCUCACUUCUUUUAUUCUAUUGACAUCCCUUAUCAUAACCACCAUUGCAUACAGCAACAUAGUAGUCACAAUCCUCCGACUCCCAUCUGCCAGGGAGAAACAGAAAGCUUUCUCCACUUGCUCCUCUCACCUCAUAGUUCUCUCUCUAAUGUAUGGCAGCUGUGUGUUCAUAUAUGUGAAACCAAAGCAAACGAACAGGCUGGACUCCAACAGGGAGGCUGCCCUUGUGAACACGGUGGUGACCCCCUUGCUCAACCCUGUCAUCUACACUCUGCGGAACAAGCAGGUGCACCGGGCUCUGAGGGAGACAAUGUGCAGAAUGAAAAUAUCAAGAUAA